UUGAAAAAUUAGCUUAUAAAAUUAAUAGUCAUCAUUUUCAGUUGAAGAUUUGCUUGAUCUUUCACCUGUCCAAUGAAACGAACUUAAAUCCUUGCUAGGUGAAAAUCUUGUGCUCUGCUCAAUCUUGACAGCGGAUCUAGGAGUUCCUUUAUCUUUUUCAACUGAAAGCAAGUGCUUCAGUACAGGUUCAAGAGGAAUCAGUUCAGAUUCGCUAGCUGCCAUUGGGUCAUAUAGGUAUAAAGUAUCUUGAUCUUUAAAUAUUUUAGACAAUUUCUUUCUCUUCUUAUCGAUAUCUAGCUUGUAUUCAUUCCCAGCCCAUCUUAAUAAGUUAUAAUAGUAUGUUUCGAGGUCACUUGGAGAGAAAGAUUGAAAGAAAUUGGAUAUCUUUAUCCAGUCUUCAUUUAAGACAUUUUUAGUUCAACCAAUUUCUCCUGUUCAGCGAUACUCAAGUCAUAUUCAGAGUCCAGAUUCCAAUUCUCUUUUCUGCUAGUAGUAACAUCCUGAUUUGAUAUUACUGAAUUUUCCUCUUCUGUCUUAAAAACAGGUUCUUCUUUAAUAAAUUUAUUGAUUUCUUCUGAUUUUUGGCAUUUAACUUUUCUUUCUUCUUUCUUUGGUAAACUCUGGUUCCUCUGUGGCAUUUCAUAAUGUAGAACAUUGCUCUCUAAAAUACCUCUAUAAUAGUCAAGUCUUUUUAGGAUGUCCUUUCUCUGGCGUUUAUGAAUAGUUUUCGUAAUAUUAGGGAUGACCUUGUCAAACAACAUUUCGAUCAGCCACUCGUCUUCCUGCUUAUCCCAUCUUCCUUUCCUAACAUUUCCCAGUACAGAUUUAGAGUAAUGGUCUCUUCAUGCUAUUGAAGUUCUACCUGGGAAUUGUUUAGCAAUUUUAUCCCAUUUCUUGCCAUGAGUUUUUACUAAAUCUAGCAAAAGCUGGUCGUCUUCUUCACUCCACUUAGUUGGCAUUU